GUAGCCUAAUACGUACGUCCCACGUGUCUCCAGCGCCCUCUACCGGUGAUCGCGUCUCACAUUGAAGCUUUUUUGUCCCGUCUCUCCCGCCGUACUCCGCUCGUUGUCAUGGAUACGGGAAGCGCUUCUUUCAGUUACCGGUGACCGUACACACGGGAGAGUCUGUAACCGCAGCCAUGGUGUUCAUCACAGAAGACUUGAUCAGAAGACGGGCCGAACACAACAACUGCGAGAUCUUUUCCUUGGAAGAAGUUUCCCUUCACCAGCAGGAUCUGGAAAGGAUCGAACACCUGGAUAAGUGGUGCAGGGACCUAAAAAUCCUUUAUCUCCAGAACAACCUCAUCCCCAGAAUAGAAAAUGUUGGCCGACUGAAGAAACUGGAAUAUCUGAAUUUAGCCUUGAACAACAUCGAAAAGAUUGAAAAUCUGGAAGGCUGUGAGUCUCUACAGAAGUUGGAUCUGACAGUAAAUUUUGUGGGGGAGCUGUCCAGCGUCCAGAGCCUCAAACACAACAUUCACCUUCGGGAACUUUACCUGGUCGGGAAUCCCUGCGCACAGUUUGAUGGCUACAGGAAGUACGUGGUGGCUACUCUGCCGCAGCUGAAGUGGCUGGACGGGAAGGAGAUCGAGCGUUCUGAGCGGAUUCAGGCCCUGCAGGAUUACCGCCAAGUGCAGCAACAAAUCAGAGAAGAAGAGGCGACUUAUCUGCUGAAGAGAGCCAGGGAGCGACAAGAGGAACAGAGCAAAUCCUCCGCACAGCAGAGCGCCAGCCAACAAGUACCAGGGAGGAAGCCUGGAUUCGAUGGACGCUGGUAUACUGACAUCAAUAACACACUGCCUGAAUCUGCGGAAAACAAAGAAAACUGCCCUGAAGUGAACCCAGGGGACAGGGAUGAAAAACAAGAGGAUGAUGCGUUUUGGCAGCAGCCGUCACAUUACACGCCAGAGAGUAGAUUAGAAACUCACCGAUACAUCGAGGAAAAGCGCAAAUCUAAAGAAGGCGAGAGUGAAGACAAAAAGAAAGUAAAACCGGGGCGGAAGCUGAUCACCGAGGAUGGACGCGCUCUGAAUGUUAAUGAACCCAAGUUGGAUUUCUCUUUGGUUGAUGAUGAGGAGAAUCAUCAGUUCAUCUUGGACCUGGGGAUCUACAGACACCUGGACACGUCUCUUGUAGAUGUCGAUGUUCAGCCCAGUUAUGUAAGAAUCCUGGUUAAAAACAAGCCAUUUCAGCUCGUCCUUCCUGAAGAAGUGAAGCCAGACAGCAGCUCCGCCAAGAGGUCCCAAACAACGGGCCAUUUACUGGUCACUAUGCCAAAGGCCUCUGAAUUUCUUCAGAAAAAGAGGACAAUCUCUUCUACAGUGAAAAGUCAGAACUCUACUAAUAUACAGAACAGGUGCCUCCUCUGGUAACUCAUGUCCAAACGUGAAGUCCUGGAGGCGACCUGGGGACUCCAGGAGCUGGAUCUGGGCCAUCAGCGCCCCUCCCUGGUGACUGGUGCUACUCUCAUCCCCCGAACCACCAGGGCCGCAGCCAGAUGACAUUGCCACUUGCCCUGCAGGGAGCCCACUGUAUGGGGUGAGAUGUUGCAGACCCCCGGGUGGAUUUGGCUCAACAUUAUCGGCCUCCGCAACGUCUCCUUCCUCCUCCACCCGUGGCUGAAGCCCCCUCAGCUUUCUUUGCUUCUCCCUCUCCUUUUCUGCAAAGCGAUCUUCAUUCUGAAGCUUUUCUUUAAAUGGCCCGCUGUUCUCCAAAAUAAAAGUUUUCCUUUUCUUUAGAUUGCUGAUGCUGGUUUUAAGCUGUUUAAUCCUUGCUGACAGCUCAGCCUUCUGGUGUUUUGACGCAGUUUCCAUUAAGGCUUUUGCCUCCUGUACCUCCUCCUGGAGCCUAUACAAGCUGCUCCUUGCUUCUUUAUAUCCCUGAAGUAUCUCUGCAACACGGGAUCCAUAGGUGGUUCCAGGCUCCUGGGCCCUGGGCAUUGCCCAAUCCUCCUCCACACCUCCAUGGGCAUUUGGCUUUGCUCCAGGAGGAGUAUCACAGUCCAUAGUACCUGUAGUACCUUUUGUUGGAGCAGCCUUGCGGCUACUCUUCGUCUCCAUGGGCUCAGGAGGUGCUGGAGAUACAUCGCUGCAUCUCCUGGCAGAGCGCCUUAACCCAGAGACCUCUGGUGCAGUUCCUGAUGCUGGUCCCUCUGCAACU